GCAGUGGAGCGCUCGGUGUGUUUUUUCUCUUUUGUUAGUCAGUAGAUUAAUCAGGUUUCCUGCCUUUUAUCUGCAGGAGUUUUCAUACUAGUAGGAAAGGAUGUCGGUCGUGCAGCCCAGUCGCUCGUCCACCGGGUGGCCGCGCCGCGGCGGAGAGCAGUUCGGGGGCAAAUACAUCAGCGGGCCCGCUAAACCGCUCACCCUGGAGCGGACCAUCAACCUAUAUCCUCUUUUGCCUAGAAAAGACAGCUCUGUGGCCGCCAGGUUCCAGAGAAUGCGUGAAGAGUUUGAUAAGAUGGGCAUGCGCCGGACAGUAGAGGGAGUCCUCAUCGUUCACGAGCACAGGCUGCCUCACGUUCUCCUGCUGCAGCUGGGCACAACGUUUUUCAAGCUGCCUGGUGGAGAGCUGAAUCCUGGAGAAGACGAGGUGGAGGGUCUGAAACGCCUGAUGACUGAGAUCCUCGGGCGGCAAGACGGGGUGAAGCAGGACUGGGUGAUAGAUGAUUGCAUCGGUAACUGGUGGCGCCCCAACUUUGAACCUCCGCAGUACCCGUACAUUCCAGCUCACAUCACUAAACCUAAGGAGCAUAAAAAGCUCUUUUUGGUUCAGCUGCAGGAGAAAGCAUUAUUUGCCGUUCCCAAAAAUUAUAAGCUGGUGGCUGCUCCGUUGUUUGAACUGUACGACAACGCUCCUGGAUAUGGACCGAUCAUUUCCAGUCUACCGCAGCUACUGAGCAGGUUCAACUUUAUCUACAACUAACCUGACCGACAGUGUGGCUGUCUCUGUGAGUGCAGCCAGAAGCAUUGUGCUGAAAGGACGUCGUCUCUCGUUUAUCUUUUACAAAACCAACACCUGUUAUGUCUGGUAAAUAGAAAGUCUACGGGGUUGUUGUUGGAGAAAAUGACACGGUCCGAGUUGUUUUUGUUUUAUUUUUUAAACUUGUGAAGCUGCAGCCUUUUGUAGUAUGCAGGUCUUUAUUCCAGAAUCUGGUUUUAUGUUUGCCUAAAGGUUGACAAUGUUUGAUUAAAAAAAAUUACAACAUUG